AAGCAUGAUUACGCUUUUUUAUCUCGCGAUGGGAGAUAUAAAAUCUAGAAUGAUAGCAUAGAGGCUAUUUAAUUCAUGAUGGUCUUUCGCUUGUGGGACUCGUUACGGGCACUACUCACCCACGAGGCUUUGGCUUGUUGCCUUAUCAGCUGAUCAACUUUGUAUGCCACAGCCUCAUUCUAUACUGUGUUGACUCAUUUAGCCUGGGCAUCCCAGACUUCUGCAAUUAUACCGUUGUUACUGAUCAAGCCAUUCUUCAAAUCAUGGCUCUUGGACCAGGCCAUCUGCGCUCUUGGUCAGCCCAAGCACGCAAAUAUCUUGAAUCCUUGGCCCCUUUUUCCUACGACGAGCCUUUGCAAGGACGAAACAUUCGCCUUGUGCAGCUUCUCGCUCCAGAGAACGGUAAACCAAUCCAAUGCAAGCUAGUUCAACGUUCUCUGGACAGCAACGUGGAAUAUCAGGCGUUGUCAUAUGUUUGGGGAAAUUCUAAUGACAAGAGGGCAAUUGCUUGCAACGAUCGUCGAUUCGAGGUGACAGCCUCUCUACACGAGGCUCUUGUUCAGUUGCGCGCAAACAAUGGAAUCAGGAAGAACUCUCUUCUAUGGAUCGAUGCUAUUUGUAUUGAUCAGAGUAAUAUUGCUGAGAAGACUGCUCAGGUCAAGAGGAUGAUGGAGAUAUAUUCCCACGCAAGUUGCACAAUUAUUUGGCUGGGAACAAGAUUCGGAUCUUCAGGAGAAGACAUCCUCCGAGGCGUUGAAUUGUUGUCGAAAAUAUGUGCUGCUGUCGCUGGACUCAGUUCAAUCGAGGAGACUAUGAAAAUUGCUGACCGAAUGAUCGCAUCCGAGGGUGAGAAACCGGAUCAAAACGAGUCAGAACUUUGGAAACUUUUGAUGAGAGACUGGUUCGGAAGGAUUUGGGUUGUUCAGGAGUUCGUGGCUUCUACCUCGUGCUUGAUAUACAUUGGGCCCAUUGUCGUGGAGGGAGGAGUCAGAUUCUUCCAGGCUGCCAGUAUUCUUCGCUUCUCCCGCAGUUGGGUCUUAUCGCCAAGUUCCAUAAAAUUGACUCGAACCCAUCCAACGGUUCUUAAUGCAGGCCUAUUCUGGGGCUUGAAAAAGGAGUUUGAAUCGCCCCAAAAAAUGAAGCUUCAUGAGCUAGUGGUAGCAACCGCGACCUUCGAUUCUACCCUCCCGGUAGACAGUAUCUUUGCUCUGGUUGGUCUGGCAUCCGAUGUAGGACCUGAAUUCAUCGACUACUCUCUUGAUAUGCGAACAGUCCAUAUCAACAUUGCCAAAAAUGCUCUCGCAUCAUUUAGGAAGGGGGAUCUUGCUGCGUUUGACUUCUUAACGUGUGCCAGAGGUGAUUAUGACCUGGACGAAACCGAGAGCUUCAAAUUGCCCUCUUGGGCACCAAAUCUCAGACAGUUUAAUCGUUUCAAUCUCCACAAGGCGCUGGGUUUCCAACCACUUGUCAAAGCCUUUCCGUAUUCCAUAACGGUUCCACUUCCUGGUCUGCAGACGGUGAAUUUUGGCACCGAUGAGAGCCUUCAAGUGAAGGCUGUAUUUCUGGAUAAAGUGGCGAAGGUUAUAGAUGCAAACGUCGAUAUGCCACCAGCAAAACUUGACGGUGAAAUGGAACUGAAUCUGAAGUACUUCGACGGAUUUCAACAAUGGGAAGCAAAAGCCCAUAGCCUUGCCAUGUCCUUGAAACGAUAUCCUACAAACGAGGAUAUCUUUGUAGUCUACUCUAAGACCCUUUCUUUCGACCACCUAGCACAAAAGAACCCAAACCCCGAUACUCGAAUACUAUCAGCCGAGUACGCAAGAGAUUACAUUGUUUUUCAAGACAUGAUGAAAACGAUGCGAGAGACCAACUCUAGCAAAAAGAAAAUCUUGGCGCCGUCAAAUGACUUCCUAGACACUUUCGACGUGUUCUCCCCUGGACGCUGCUUCUCCACGACUCAAAAUGGGUACAUGGGCUGGGUUCCAGAGGGCGCACAGGCCGGAGACGACAUUUGCGUGUUCCCCUGGAGUCUGAUUCCGUUCGUUGUGCGUCAACAAGAGAAGGGGUAUCAAUUGAUUGGGGGUUGUUAUAUAGACGCCUUCAUGAAAGUUGACAUUUUUCGUACCAGGCAUGAGAAUGCAAGGGAGAUCAAGAUAUAUUGAACAGUCCGUUGGGAAGAUAUGGAUGCCCUAGCAACACCUAGAUCCAGUAAUAAAACAUGGAAAAGGAGUAGAGACAUAAGUUAUCACUAUG